GGCGCAUGUCUGGGUAUUCGUAGAUCACCGCUACCUGCGCCAUCUUCAUCAACUUUUUCUCACCUACAGUCGUCAUCAUGGCCACUCCCCGCAGCGCUAAGAAGGCUUCCCGCAAGUCGGGCUCGAAGUCCGCCAAGGCCGGUCUGAUCUUCCCGGUCGGCCGCGUCGGCUCGAUCCUGCGCCGCGGCCAGUACGCGCGCCGCAUCGGUGCCGCCGGUGCGGUGUACAUGGCGGCGGUGGUGGAGUACCUGACCGCUGAGCUGCUGGAGCUUUCCGUGAAGGCCGCUGCGCAGAGCGGCAAGAAGCCACGCCGCCUGAGCCCGCGCACCGUGACGAUGGCCGUGCGCCACGACGACGACAUCGGUUCUCUGCUGAAGAACGUGACGGUGUCGCGCGGUGGCGUUGUGCCGAGCAUCAACAAGGCGAUCGCGAAGAAGAAGAGCGGCAAGAAGAGCAAGGCCACGCCGAGCGCCUAA